UCGACAUCCAACCUACCCACAUCAACGGCCUACAGCCAAUCAACUUACUAACUUACAUAUUCAUCAACAUCAACGGCCAAUAAUCAAAUCAAAUCAAAUCCCCCAUUUUCAUUCUCAUACGCCUCUCGCACUUUCCCCGUGUUCUUCGAGCCUUCAUCAACGAAAUCAUCAUACGAAUUGGCUUUUGAUUUUUCUUUCAGAUUCCCUGUUACACAUACGGACUAACAAAACUCGGAUAUGAUGUCCAUGGGAGGGCUUUGCUCGCUUCAAGUUCUGUCUGGAGUUCAAGAACAAGCCCUUGUAAUGGUGGAUCUAAUACCUCUACGGUUUCCGAAAAAUUCUAUACAAAGUACGCCUCGAUGUUGUAAGUUUAGGGUUUUCUUCGUCUAAGCGUAUGAUUUCAUCCUUUUCUUCUGUGAAGUAAAUUUCUGGCGUUUACGUCGACUGUAAUCCGAAAUUUGAAGAAUCGUAUUAUAAAUCGCUCCGAUUUCGUGAAAAUUUACUGUUUAUUGCUUUUAAGUAGUUUAAGGAACGAUUGCAGAUGUCCUAUUAAUCGUUGUAUUUGAAAUCUGGUGCUCAUUGUCGAUUUAAGCUUUUUAGGGUUUCAAAUCAAUUGAAAUUUGGGGAUUUGAGGCUAUUUAGGGUUUCGUAUAAUCUGGAAGAGAGUAUUGAAUGGCAGGACGAGGCAAAGAGUUAGGGUUUCUCGAAAGAACUGGCGUUAUCAGUUUAAAAGAACAGUUGGCCAGAACUGCACUGCGAAAUGUGAGAUUGAAGGGUCAUACGUAUGUUGAGCUUAGGGAAGAUAAUAAGAAGGUUAUCUUCUUCUGUGUACUGUGUCUUGCUCCAUGCUACAGUGAUUCAGUUCUCCAUGAUCAUCUACGUGGCCAUCUUCACAAACAGAUGUAUGAAGCUGCUAAAGCUACCUUGUUGAAACAGAAUCCUUUUCCCUUCAAUGAUGGUAUGCUUUUCUUCCAUAACACCGAGGAAGACAAUCAUUUGGUACCCUCAAACGGGAGGAAUUUAAUGCAAAAAAGGAGUAUCAAUGAAAACAAUCUCGCGAUUGUGGCUUUCAAAGGAAAUGCUUCUGACUAUGAACUUUCAUCUGAGGGAAGCUUAGAUUCAGGACAAGGAGAUGAGAGUUUAGAUCUUGAUGAUCUGAUAAUUCCCAAUGUGCUACACAAAGAUAAAGUUACUGAUUUAGAAGUGAGAGAAAUUGGUAUUGGGAAAAUUUCUCUUAAGUCCCUUGAGCAAGAAGGGGUUUCAAAGGGAAUCAAGAAAAUUUGGUGCGAAUGGUUUGGGAAAAGUGAUUCAGUUAACAAUGACAAGAUUCCAUAUCAUGAUUUUGCUGUUGUUUCAUUUGCAUUUGACUUUGAUUUGGGUCGAAAGGGGAUAUUAGAUGACUUGCAGGGUUUUCUUUCUUCAAGUUCUAGACCUGCAAUAGAGGGGAAUGCAAACCCUAAAGGAAAAAAGAGGAAAUCACUAUCUGAUCCUGAAGAUUAUAGUGAAUCUUUGAGUAACCAAUAUGAAGAAUCUUCCAGUGAAGAAUCUUUGGCAUCGGGUAGUUCUAAUUCAAGAAAUCUUGUAGAAGUUUAUGAUGAUAACUCACUCCAAUUAAGAGUUUUCCCAAACAAAUGUACAAGGAAAGAAAUUAGGGCAAGACAACGUUUAGCUUCAGAAAGAGUGUGUGACAUAUGUCAACACAAGAUGCUUCCUGGGAAAAAUGUUGCAACACUUCUCAACAUGAAGACUGGUCGAAUUGUUUGCAGUAGUAGAAAUUUGAAUGGGGCAUUUCACGUGUUUCAUAUUUCGUGCCUCAUUCAUUGGGUCCUUCUGUGUGAGUCUGAAGUUUAUACAAAACAGAUGGUAGUUGCUCCUGAAGUAAAGAAGAAAAGUAGGCGAAAAAAAGGAGCCAAAUUUAAAAAAGCUGAAGAGGAGUCAAAAAAACAAAUUUAUUCUGCUUUUUGUCCUGAAUGUCAGGGUACUGGUGUACAUAUUGAUGAAGAUGAUGAGCUGGAAAAACCUACAGUCUCUCUUUCUGAGAUGUUCAAAUAUAAGAUGAAAGCGAGUGAUGGGCACAAAGAGUACAUAAAAAACCCUGAAUUGUUGCACAAUUGUUCAACCGGUUUUUACUUCCCUUCCCAAUCUCAAGAACCACUUCAGGAAAAUGUGUCGGCGUUGAAGUUGCUAAGGUUUUAUCAUGCAGUUGAGUUGAGUAAUGAGUAGAGCUUGAUUUGAUUGGUUGUUUCUUUUAGUUAUUUUUCUUGUAACUAUUUUAUGUAAAAAGGUCAUGAUGAUUCUAACCAUAAUAGAACAUAACCUUGACUUUUCUGUUGACUUGAAUUGCAUGAAUGUAAAUGCAAUUGUACAUAGCAUAUCAUUUAUGCUGAAAAUAUUGUUUUAUGUAUUUUGAUUACAAGAGAUUGAACUCUGCUUUAAAUGAACCUUUUAUGGAGUCAUUCAAUGUA